AAGGUCGGUUUUCGAUUCCAUCAGAUACUUCACUUCAUACGUAUCAAAGAAAGAUUCAUACGAGUUAAACCGCAUGUUAACACAAUGCCAAGGUAGUAUCAGAUGUAUCAACAAAAUGCAUGCUAAGAUCAUCGUCGGAGGUUAUGGGGAAAAUGUUUUUGUUGGAUCUAAGCUUUUCACCAUGUAUUCUGAGUUGGGUCGAUUGUACAUGAAGGAUGCACAGAAGGUGUUUGAUAAUUUGUCUGAAAGAGAUGUUUUCUUGUGGAACUCAAAGAUUCAAACUUACGCAAAUUCAGGGUUGUCCACGGAAGCAUUGGAUGUGUAUAAGGAGAUGUGUGAACAAGGUGUAGUUAUGGAUAAGUAUACAUUUACGUUCGUUCUAAAGGCUUCUGGUAUCGUAAAAGAUGAAAACACGGGCUGCAUUAUUCAUGGGCAUGUUGUGAAAUGUGGUUUUUAUUCCAAUGUAUUUGUCGGGAAUGCUCUUGUAGCGUUCUACGCCAAGUGUAAGAUGAUCGAGGCGUGUAGAAGGGUGUUCGAGGAGAUUCCGCAAAAGGAUCUCGUUAGUUGGAAUGCCAUCAUUUCUGGCUACACUACCAAUGGCUGUUUUAUUGAAGCUCUUGAGCUUUUUCACGCUUUGCUACACGAUGAAUCAAUUGGCGCACCGGAGCAUGCAAGUCUCGUUGCCAUUCUGCCCGCUUGUACUCAAGCAGCAGAUGUCCGACUUGGGUUUUGGAUUCACUGUUACACCAUAAAAACGGGCUUGGCAAACGACGCUAUGCUGGGAAGUGGUCUUAUCGCCAUGUAUGGAAACUGUGGCCAUUUAGACUACGCAUGCCACGUGUUCGAUCAAAUUCCCGAAAGAAACAUCAUGGUAUGGACUGCCAUGAUGAGGAGUUGCGGAAUGCAUGGAAAUGCAGAAAAAACACUCAAUCUUUUCUCAAACUUCUUGAAAGACGGUUUACGUCCAGAUGGGGUCAUGUUCUUGUGCUUGUUAUCAACAUGUAGUCACGCAGGUCUUGUUGCAAAAGGGCGCGAAAUUUUCAAACAAAUGGAUGAUUACGGCAUCGAGAAAGGUCAAGAACAUUAUGCGUGUAUGGUUGAUCUAUUCGGGAGGGCGGGUUUGGUUAUGGAAGCAGCCGAGUUGAUCGAAACAAUGCCUAUGGUGGUUGGGAAGGAUGUAUAUGGUGCCCUUCUUGGUGCUUGCGGAAUGCACAACAAUAUCGGGCUUGCGGAAGUGGCUGCAGAAAAGUUGUUCGGUUUGGAUCCGGAGAGCGGUGGCAGAUAUGUGACCCUGGCUAAGAUAUAUGGCAGUGCUGGGCGGUUGAAGGAGGCGGCAGCGGUGCGGAAGACGAUGGUGAAGAGUGGGAUAAAGAAAGCAUUUGGGUGUAGCAUGGUGGAGGUGGAGGGUGUGGUUCAUAGAUUUGGAGCAGAGGAUGAAACUCAUGUAAGAAGAAAGGAGAUUUUUGAGACACUUGCAAAGGUGGAUAAGAUGAUGGCAGAAGAAAUUUGA